UCUGGGCCAGAAUGUAGCUCAUGUAGAGGGUGCAUAUGGGAAGGUUGACGCUGCUCGGUCACCAACCAACAUCUUCAACUGACUUGUCAGUGGUCAGUGGACAGCUGCUACGGUCCGAGACACACACACUACCAAAUUAUCCAAGAAAUCGACAGCUCGUACCGAGCAGCACGCAUCAUCAUCCACUCAUCCCUUCUUCAUCCUGAUCCAUCAUCCAUCAACUGUCCAAGAAGUGCAAGCAAAAUCCUGUUUCCAGGAACGAGUUUGUGCAGCCAUCCUGAUCCAUCAUCAAUGGCGACCCCGACUGUCGUCUUGCUGCCGGUAUGGGGCGCCGGUCACCUCAUGCCCAUGCUAGAAGCCGGCAAGCGGCUGCUCGCUGCUAGCGGCGGCCGCGCGCUGUCGGUCACCGUGCUCGUCAUGCGGCCGCCGACGGAGCAGCAGGCGUCCGAGGUCGAGGGCCACGUGCGCCGCGCCGAGGAGGAGGCGGCGGCCGCCAGCCUCGACGUCCGCUUCCACCGCCUCCCCGCCGUGGAGCCCCCGACGGACCACGAGGGCCCAGUGGAGUUCGUCUCCCGGGUCGUGGAGCUCCACGUCCCGCACGUCCGGGCGGCCGUCUCCGGCUUGCCGUCGGUCGCCGCGCUGGUGCUCGACCUCUUCUGCACCCCGCUCAUCGACGUGGCCCGCGAGCUCGUCGUGCCGGCGUACGUCUACUUCACCUGCAACGCCGCCGCGCUCUCCUUCUUCCUGCGCCUGCCGGCGCUGCUCGAGGAGGUAGCCGGCGAGUUCGAGGAGAUGAAGGGCGCGGCGGACAUACCCGGGCUGCCCCCCGUGCCGCCGCUCUGCCUGCCGACGCCGGUCAUGGAGCGAGCGACGCCGGAGUGCGCGUGGUACGCGUACCACGGCAGGCGGUUCGCGGACGCUGACGGCAUCAUCGUCAACACGGCCGCCGAGCUCGAGCGGGGCGCGCUCUCCGCCAUCGCCGGCGGGCGGUGCACGCGCGGGGCGCCCGCGCCGGCGCUCUACCCCGUCGGCCCGGUGAUCUCGUUCCCGCCGCCCGCCGAGCCGCCGCACGACUGCGUGCGGUGGCUGGAGGCGCAGCCGCCGGCGUCCGUGGUGUUCCUCUGCUUCGGGAGCGGCGGGUUCUUCACGGCGGCGCAGGCGCACGAGGUGGCCCGCGGGCUGGAGCGCAGCGGGCACCGGUUCCUCUGGGUGCUGCGCGGCCCGCCGGCGGCGGCCGGGUCGCGGCAGCCCACGGACGCCGACCUCGCGGAGCUCCUCCCGGAGGGCUUCCUCGAGCGGACCCGGGGCAGGGGCCUCGUGUGGCCAACGGCGGCGCCGCAGAAGGAGAUCCUGGCGCGCGCAGCCGUGGGCGGCUUCGUGACGCACUGCGGAUGGAACUCGAUCCUCGAGAGCCUGUGGUGCGGCGUGCCCAUGGCGCCGUGGCCGCUGUACGCGGAGCAGCACCUGAACGCGUUCGCGCUGGUAGCCGCCGCGGGCGCCGCCGUGGCGAUGGAGGUGGACAGGAGGAGGGGCAACUUCGUGGAGGCGGCGGAGCUGGAGCGCGCGGUGCGGGCGCUGAUGGGCGGCGGCGAGGAGGGGAGGAGGGCGAGGGAGCGUGCCGCGGAGAUGAAGGCGGCGUGCCGGAGCGCCGUCGAGGACGGCGGCUCGUCGGCCGCCGCGCUGAAGAGACUCUCGAGCGAUAUACUACUAUGUCGGCAACUGCCAUCGUCUUCCCUUGGCACGGCAUCAUAGUUCCAUGAUUCCAUCCAUCCAGAACAUGUAUUUCUUCACUCAAUUUGGAACAUGAUUCCGUCACACAAUCUUAUACUCGUAGAUUUAAUUUACAACCA